AUGCCCGGAGUCCCAUCAAGUCGCGCCUGCGAGAGCUGUCGCAAGCAAAAGAAGAAGUGCGACGAAGUGAAACCAACAUGCUCACGAUGUACACGCCUGAAGGUACCUUGCAUCGGCAACGGAGUCAAGCGAUACAAAUUUCAAGAACCAACAAUCAGCAUAUCAAACCAACAACGAUACCCGGCAAACUCCAUGAUUGUGGCUUCACUAAUAGAGCCAAGCCAAGCCAGCCUCUCAGGGGAAGAGCGCACUUAUCUAAACUUCUUCCGCCAAAAUACCUCCAAGCAAGUUGCCAGCUACUUCAGUCGCGCAUUCUGGGACCAUCUGGUCCACCAAGUCGGCGAGUCCCAGCCCGCAGUCCGGCAUGCAGCAAUCGGAGUCGGCGCCAUGCACUGGAACAACGAUAUCAGAAAACUCGGCCGUGAAAAUCAAUCGUUGCCACUGCAACAGUGUAGCAAGGCCUACGGUCAUCUACGGCAAACACUCUCGAGUGGUCUUUCCAGCAGCGCGGAGGUAGAGACAGUGCUAUGUUCUUGCAUUGUCCUAGGGGCGUUAUCUAUGAUCCAAGGUGAUGCCCGGGCAACGAGUUAUCAUCUUGGAUCUGGAUGGAGACUUCUGGAUCAAUGGCAGAGUGUGGGCUUGAGGAACAGUGCUCUAGGGACUCGACUGCUGCAGGCGUUUACACAGAAUAAAUUGCGUUGGUUUUCGUUGAGGGAUGGUGAUAUGUAUGCUAAUUUGACUCUUCCUGAGGUGAUGGCUUCUCGGGUUCCGAUCGUUGAGUCUAUAGUUGAUACGGAGCAAACUGCGGGUUUUGUUGUUGGUAUUGGAUGGUUGGCUUUGCAGAUUAGGUCGAGGCCUGAGGAUGGGGAUAGCACGAAGCGGGUAGGUGUUGCGGUGACGCUUUUAAAGAAGCUUCAGUCUUGGAAAAUGUUGCUUGGGGAGUCAUGUAAACAUGGAGAUGUGGCUCGAGCAGAAAGGAUGAUCUCGUUUCUUGAUAUUUGGUGUCGAGUUCUAUUCAUCAGGAUUUCGAUGGACGACAAGCUUGAGGAUGGCGAGACUAGAUACGAUGAAUGCCUUCCACUAUUUCAACAGACUAUCCAGCUGGCCGGCAAGUUGCUAUUGGACCCACGUCCAGAUAUCUGGAUGGGGAUUGUCACGCCACUUGUGUUUUGUGCAUUGAAGUGUCGGGACUGGGAUACAAGACAUGUGGCACUCAAGCUUUUGAAAAUCGUCCCUUAUUCAAAGGGCAAGUGGUCUAUGGCUAACACGGCGUUCGUCAUUGAACGAAUGAUUCAGGUUGAAUCGGAGGGCUUCACUCAAGAAGAUAUCAUUCCUGAAACCUCGCGUAUAGAUUCAAUACGUGUGGAAUUCUUGCUUGGAAAUCCAAAAAUCUGCAUUCAUUAUCGUUGUUCGAAUUCGAACAACGAGGGAAAGGUAUAUACGGAGCACCAGGACUGGGAAAGCGUGGUCAUGCAGUAUUAA